UUAUAUUAUAUUAAUAUUAUUAUAACGAUGCCAAGUACAUCAAGUGCAAAUAAAUCAAAUAAUCAACGUAAUUUGUCAAGUACGAAUUAUAACGAACCUUCCAUUAUCUCUCAAAUUCCACGUCAAAUUUUACCAAUGUCCAGACCUACGACGGUACAACUUUAUCAACAACCUCAAAUAAUCGUUCCAACACAAUGUGGUUUCGGUGAUAUUUUACCAAAUUCAAAUUUACAGAAUUCAAAAGAAAUGUCAUCAACUGUUUUACUUUCAAUGGAUUAUUAUGAUAAUAAUAUGCAACAAAAUUGUUUUAGUCAAGUUCAACCUUAUCAAACUUAUUUUCAUCAACAACAACAACAGCAACAACAACAACAACAACAACAACAACAACUUUAUUCCCAACAACUUCAAUAUUUUCAAUUACAACAACAACAACAACAACAACAACAACAACAACAGCAACAACAACAACAUAAUCAAAUGAUUCAACAAUCUCGUGUUAUUUCACGUACGAUAUCUUCAAUUAAUAAUGUUUCUCAACAACAACAUCAUUCAACUCCUAUGAAUAUUACCCCUUCUCAUGUUGUUCCAACUCAAACUUUGAAUGUUCAACCUCUUAUUUCUUUGGAUUCAACAAUGCAAGAUGUAUCUCAAUCAAUAGCCGAGUUUUCAAUGCCCAAUGAUUUACCAAUCGAUUUUUCUCUUGAUCAAUCUCCUACCAUUUGUUAUGAUAGUGAUAAAAAAUCUUGUCAAAAAAAUAGUGUUCGUAAUGAUGUUUUCUUCUCUGAUCCUAUGAUAGAAGAUACGGAAGAAGUUCUUCAUUUUGAUAGUGAUUCUUCUUCUGAUACUGAAGAUGUGUAUAAGAGACCUGAACGAGCAGUUUAA